UUGCCGAGGGAAAAGAAGACGAACAGCGUCAUCCCCCCCCAAGCAGGCAGCAGCAGACCUCCGACCCCACGCCCCAGGACGACCCAUGCCCCUCCCGGGGGCGGCCCCUUGGCGGGCACAAAGCCGGGCUCGGCCCCUGCCAGGAGCGCUGUGUGCCGCCGUCCCGCCGCCGCUGCUGCUCAUCCCUCCCUCCGUCCCCUCCCUUCCUUCCGCCGCCUCGCUAGCGUCCGCCUUCCCUGCCUCCCUCCUUGCCUGCUCCCGGCGGGCGUGGGGCCGGGGCAGCGCUGGGCCAUGGAGGAGGCGGCUGCGGCUGCCGGGGCACCCCCGCCCGGGGCUGCGGCGGCAGCUGCUGCUGAUGCUGCUGCUAUGGCCGAGCCCCCGCCCGGGGCCGCCGCUCCCGCCCCGCGCCGGCUGCUGGCGCUGCUCGGGGCCAAGCUCUGCACCUGGCAUAUUUUGAAAACAAUAAUUCUGGGCCAGAUGCUCUCUUUGUUUAUCUGUGGGACUGCUGUUACAAGCCAGUACCUAGCAGAAAAAUACGAAGUGAAUACUCCAAUGUUUCAAAGUUUCAUCAACUAUGCUUUGCUGCUUCUGGUUUAUACAACAAUGCUGGCAUUUAGGACUGGUGGUGACAGUCUUUGGCAAAUUUUGAAACAGAGGUGGUGGAAGUAUAUUUUUUUGGGAGUGGCUGAUGUUGAAGCCAAUUACAUGAUUGUAAGGGCCUACCAAUAUACAACCCUCACAAGUGUGCAGCUGCUGGACUGCUUUGGGAUUCCUGUGCUGAUGGCUUUGUCAUGGUUCGUUCUCCGAGCAAGAUACAGGCUGAUACAUUUUAUUGCUGUUGCCGUCUGUUUGCUUGGUGUAGGAACAAUGGUGGGUGCAGACAUUUUGGCAGGGAGGCAGGACAGUGAAGGUAGUGACGUGGUGAUUGGAGAUGUCUUAGUGCUUCUUGGUGCUUCUUUGUAUGCCAUUUCUAAUGUGAGUGAGGAAUACAUUGUGAAAAAUCUGAGCAGAGUGGAGUUUCUAGGAAUGGUGGGCUUGUUUGGGACUAUUGUCAGCGGUCUACAGCUAGCCAUUGUGGAACAUAAGGAGAUAACGAGAAUUCAGUGGAACUGGAAAGUUGCAUUAUUGUUCACAGUCUUUGCCCUGUGCAUGUUUGGGCUGUACAGCUUCAUGCCAGUUGUCAUUAAAGUUACCAGCGCAACCUCAGUCAACCUGGGUAUUCUGACUGCAGAUCUCUACAGUCUGUUCUUUGGGCUUUUCCUUUUCUAUUACAAGUUUUCAGGUCUUUAUAUCCUGUCCUUCGUUAUCAUCAUGGUGGGCUUCAUCUUGUAUUGCUCCACUCCAACUCGGACAGCAGAACCCACUGCCUUACCACAGCCUGAGAGCACUGGCUUGGACAAUGCCGGACUAAAGCUUGAGGAGAAUGACACUGAAACUCCAACCGUAACUGUGCAGUUCAUAAGAGGAGAAACUGUGGUGGUCAGCACUGAUUAAAGAAAUGGCAGCAUUUCAAACAGAGCUGCUUUUUUAAUCACAAAAUUUCCCUGAAAUAUUAAUCCGGAGAGCUGUCCUACUGCCAAAGCAUGUGUCAUGCUGCGCUGGUUUUAAUGCACUGGAUAGACUUUUAAGGCCAGAUCCUCAAUCAGUAAAAUUAUUGAUUUGCCCUUGCAGAAAAUCUGGCCCUUAGAAGAAGACAGAUUAGUAUUUAUGUGGAGUCUCUGGAAAGUUAGAGACUGUUAUUUUUAAAUGCUUAAUUAACUUAACAACAAAUGCUUGGG